CCGGUUAGCAGAGCUGAGCACAAAGCUGCUGCUUCCUUGUUUAUUUUUGUUUGGGGUAAAACUGUGCCUUUUUAAAGUAGAAGUUUAUUUUUUCUUCGCGUGGAAACUCCCAGACCUCCUCCGCAAGAUCUUCGAACCUUCUUGAACUUAUACCCCGAGCAGUUUGACAGUCCUUGUGGUAAAUUCAGGAUUUUCUUCAAGACCACGUCUGAGAUCAGUUUCUAGUCUGAAUGGCCACAGCUUCAGAGGAUCCUCCAGGGCUGCAGGGCCAAAAUUCGUCUGGGCUUCGAAGAAAUGUAUCUACUGAGGGUCCGAGCAGCAGCAUGUCGCAGCCCGUGAAAAAAAUCGGUCAUCGUGGAAUUGAUCCCACUGGAGAGACGACGUACAAGAAGACAACAUCAUCUGCUCUGAAAGGUGCCAUCCAGCUAGGGAUCACACACACCAUCGGCAGCUUAAGUCAAAAACCUGAGAGAGACGUGUUGCUACAGGACUUUGAGGUGGUGGAAAGCAUCUUCUUUCCCAGUGAAGGCAGUAACCUGACACCAGCACAUCAUUAUGGAGACUUCAGGUUUAAAACAUACGCCCCAGUCGCCUUUCGCUAUUUUAGAGAGAUGUUUGGCAUCCGGCCCGGUGACUACAUGUGUUCUCUGUGCAAUGAGUCGCUUAUCGAGCUGUCAAACUCCGGGGCCAGCGGGUCUAUUUUCUACCUCUCUAGUGAUGAUGAGUACAUUGUUAAAACAGUGCAGCACAAAGAGGCAGAAUUUCUACAGACGCUACUGCCUGGAUAUUUCAUGAACCUGAACCAGAACAAACGGACCUUGUUGCCAAAGUUUUAUGGGCUGUACUGCGUUCAGGCCGGCGGCAAAAACAUCCGCAUUGUUGUCAUGAACAAUCUGCUACCGAGUUCUGUACGAAUGCACCUCAAGUUCGACCUGAAGGGCUCCACGUAUAAGCGGCGCGCCUCGGCUAAAGAGCGAAAGAAGACCGUGCCCACGUACAAGGAUCUGGAUUUCAUGCAGGACAUGUCCGAGGGGCUGUUACUGGACGCGGACAAGUACAAUGCUGUUUGCAAGACCAUCCACAGAGACUGUUUGCUCUUGCAGAGUUUCAAGAUUAUGGACUACAGCCUUCUGGUUGGAAUUCACAACCUGGAUCAGGCCUGUCUAGAGCAGGCCAGCGAAGAGGCUGUGGCCGGAGCUGCCGACCAACGAAGGCCGCAAGGUCAAAAGUCCCUGUACAGCACGGCUAUAGAGGCCAUCCAGGCAGAGUCGAUGACCAUGGGAUCCACAGACACGGAGAACGAAACGGGAGGAAUUCCUGCACGAAACUCAAAAGGGGAGAGGCUGCUGGUGUACAUUGGCAUUAUUGAUAUUCUGCAGUCGUACAGACUGGUGAAGAAGCUUGAGCACUCCUGGAAAGCUCUGGUUCAUGAUGGGGACACUGUGUCCGUACACAGACCGGGAUUCUACGCGGACCGCUUUGAAAGGUUCAUGUCCAGUACGGUCUUCAAAAAGAUUUCACAGAAGGGUUCCCCAAAUAAGAAGCGGCACGCAGCGCCUUACAGUCUCAUGAAAAAAACAGCCGGCUCUGGGCCUUCUCUGAUGACCCAAACCAGCACCAGCAGCCAGCAGCCUUCACUCCAGCAGCAGGUCAGCGUAGACCCCAGAGAAGACGGCGAAGACGCCAGCGCCAAGCAGGCAGGUCGUCCCGACCUCCUCCCAGAAAACUUGCAGCCCAGCAGCGCUGCGAGCAACGCUCCUGAAGCCGCCAUCUCCUCCUCCGCCUCAGGAAACCUCGAGUUUUCUUCCUCAACUCUGCCUCAUACUGAAAAAUCCAGUUCGGGGGCAGCGGCUUCAAGCAAAGACAAGGAGAACGGCUCCCCCAAGAGUGCCCUUCAAGAAAGUAUCGGUGCUGACGAAGCGAUCUCGCUCAGUGACGUAGUUCCAAGUGCAAACAAAUGCUCUGUGUAGACGCGGGAAAGACGACUAGACUCAAACAAACCUGGAGGACGUUCCGAUCGUGGCUGAAAUGUUUCGGCUCCCCUCCCCUUUCGGGUGUGAUGCGCGCUACCAGAAUAUGAAAACAGUCGCAAAGAGAAACAUCGAGACCAAGUGGGGUAUUAAAUGUUUUCUGCUGUUCUUGUUUUUUUUUUGCACUUUGCUUUCCAAGUCUUAACGUGAUACGGGGACGUAAGAGGAGCGGUCGUGUUCGGACACUAGUAACUGCGGUUGCAUUAAUGCUGUGGUUGUUGAACACUAUUAUUCAUCUCAUGUUGAUGCCUGAUACGCUCCACUAAGCAGCAUUUGGUGUAGAUCACAACACGGGGACUUAGCCUAGUUGGGCGGUUAUUUUUCAUUAGGUCCUCCUUUGUGUUCACCAGAUUGCUGUAACAUAUUCUCAUGCAGAUUGUCUGUGCACGCGUUUGUCCGACUGCCCGGAGGUCCAAGUCAAGAGUAACCUUUCUCCUUUACGUUUGGAAACUCCAACACAAAACUAUAUUACUAGGAUGGGGAACAGGGUUUUAAAUAAAAGGCUUUAUUUUGAAAGAAAUUGCUGUAUUCAUAUGGGGUAGGUUUCCUUUUUAUUCCCCCAAAUAGCUUACUCUGAAUACAGUUGAUGCUGGAAGAAGACGUGUUUUAUUUUUGUUUUGUUCUGAUGGACCUGCACUACUUUAGAGACUGUGAAUACUAAGAGUCACCUCUAAUGUACAGGUCAAAGAGAUUAUUUAAAUGGAUCCUUUUAUAUACAUUUAUCUAUAUAUAUAUAUAUAUAUACAUAUAGCUCAUAUGGGCUGACAUCAGUUUUAGGUCUUGUGAUCCAAUGUGACUGAUACUCAGAUAGCUGUUGACAAACUACCACAAUAAACAAAGACGUGUGGCCCGCCUCAUGAGGCCAGACUAACGAGUUAUUGGACUGAUCCUCGCCUUAUCUGAGUUACAAAACUGAGCUGCUGCAAUAGUAACUCAUACCACUGCCGAAGCCCAAAGGAAGUAGUCUGUGUCGAGGCGAAUUUAAAUGCACAGCAGACAUAUAAGAACCACGUCCUCGUGAAUCAGGCGACCAAGUUGUUACGGUUUUGGUACAAUCGCUUUGUUUUCCAUUUUAAUUGACGAGACUGGAAAUAGUGUUGUUUGUAAAGUUGUAAUAGACUUCACAAACAACAAAUAGCACAGACAUUGAAGUUUUUAUAUGGUGUUGGUACUGAUUGAAAAUUAAAUUCACUGUUUCGUAUUAGUUGGGCCUCUGUGAUCAUUUUGGAAGCAGUUUGUGUCGUCGUACUACUACUGCUUUAAACCAGCAGGUGCUUUUUGUAUCUGUUAAUAUCGGUGUAAAAAGAUUUGCACAUGUGUAUGAAACUAGGACACAUGUGGUCACUGAUGCAUAAAAAUCUGGAAGCAGCUUGAUACCAUUCAGCUGCAGAUGCUGAGGAAAAAGGAAGCGAUGCUUCAGCGAGUUAGACACAGGUGUCCCCAAAGGAGCCAGUGUGUGUUUUACUUUAUUUGAUUUUUUUGUUUCAUGGAUAGUAUGCACAUGUUUUACAUUUUGUUCUCGGCUGUCCUCUGUCUUCCUGGUUACUAUAUAUGUAUAUAUAUAAAUAUAUAUACAUGUAUAUGUGAGGGUGGGUUGUGGACUGUGGUAUCUUAAAAAGGAAAUAAUCGCUGUUGGCUGGUGGAAGUUUGGACGUUGCUGCUGAUAAUCUGCGUUUUCUUUAAAGUAUUUUUUUUUUAUAAACACGUUUCCACUAUUUGCUGCUAAGCCUACUUUGGAUUGCAACCACUUAAAGAUUAUAUGUCUGCUGAUUGAUUUAUGGUGUAUUGCCUUACAAGUUAAGCAUUCCUGUGCAUUUAUCAUUCCCUUCUUUUUCUAAAAACAAAUCUUUUGUUGCUAUAAUUCCUGACGAGAAUAACCAUUUAAUCUGCCGCCUUUAAUUAAGUUCUUUUUUUUUUUUUUUUUUUUUUUUAAGGCGUUGCAUGUGAUCGUCUUCUUCUGAUUAUUAACAUUGUUUCUGUCGUCCGUAAAAACACAAAGUUAGGAGUGCCAGUUUGUUAAGCUUUGUGAGACGGUGUUAAGCAGCGCUAAGUGUAGUAAGGCUGAUAACUUAACCUACUCUGAGAUUUUUUGAGACAGGCCCAAACUUUACAUGGUGAUGGCUGCUUUGUGUGUGAAUGGGAACAAGGCAAAAGAGUUUGUGUACUUUAUAUAAACUAUGUAGGGUGGCUCAUUUCCAGUUUUGGCACUCUGGAUGGUGUGUGCAGUCUUUUAACCUGGUGUAUUUAUUGGGUCUCAUUAAAUUGCCAAGUAUUACUGAGGUGUUUUAUAUUUGAAAAUACAUAAAAUGUGUUAGAAUUUAGCUAUAGUUCAAUAGCACAAAAGCAAUCUGUACUUUAAAAGAUGCUUCAACUAUGCAACAAAAUUCUUUGUUUACACCAUAAAAUAUUCCUAAAUAAAAACUGUGCAAUAUAUGGAAUUGAUUGAUCAUUUUUAAACUGCCGGUAAAUGGUAUGUAGGGGUAUUUUAUUCUCUUGGCUGUUGUAUCAAACUGUCAGACGAUGCUCUGUCCCAACAUUGAAAGUGAAACUGUGCCUUACUGUAAAAACUCCACAGCAGUUACGCACGCAGCCUAUGAACCAAAUAUGUAAAUAGUUGUAUUUAUUAUAGUAUUUAUUGCUGUAUGUAUUGCUCCGGUGUCCAAAAUGUCAGUUAAUGGUGAUCGUGGAUCCUGUAUUUUAUGGCAGUUUUAAUUAUUAUCUUAACACAAGUGAAAAAAAUCAUCCUGUGUGUAUUUUGUUUUAACUUGCAUUCAGAUUGUAUAUAAUUCAUGUGUAUACACGAAUCUCAAUAAUGCCUUUUCAUGUUCACAUGAAUUUUUAAUUCACAUUGUUCUGUCUCUUUCUCUUUUGGGGUUGUCAUGUUUUUUACACUUGUACAUAAAGUUAUUAAAGAAAAAGGAAACAUGG